CACCGUGUAAUAAUAUAGUCACCAAAAACAAAACUUUCAAAAUCGACGUGUUGAGAAUUUCGACAAGUAUGACCGGUGUUGAACUGAGCCACUGGAUAAUGUCGAAGAAAACAAACUUUUGCGGCUUGUUGGUAAUGGGAUGUUUCUUCUCGGUGUUUUUAUUCUUCGAUGGGAAAUACGGCAACCCUUCAAUGUACGAAAUGCAACCGUCUGCAGCCCUUCUCGAGUCAAAGAAAAAUAAUACCACAGCUGAUAAGAAACAACCUGAUUCUGAGUCAAAGGAUAUCGAAAAAAUCCUUAAUAUGCAGAGAGAAUUGAUCAUAAAAGAUAUGCAGGGCUACGAAUAUCCCAAUGGAAAAUAUAAUAUCAGUGCCAGCAAACUUGAGGAUUUGGUGAUGGAAAAUAACGGAACACCGAUCAGAAGUAUAAUUGUAACAACGUGGCGAAGCGGAAGCACAUUUUUCGGCGAUAUUCUCAACGCACAUCCGGCAGACUUUUAUCACUUCGAGCCGCUGCUGGCUUUCGAUGAAAUUAAAAUUCGCGGUCCUCCGUUAGCCGAAAAGGCUUUGAAAUUGACCAAGGAUCUGCUCAACUGUGAAUAUGGAGAUCUAGAUGAAUAUAUUGAAUACGGAAAAACGCAUUCUUUGGUUUUUCAUCACAACACGCAUUUGUGGAAACAAUGCCAAGCUCACAAAGGCCUGUGCUAUAACCACAAAUUCCUCAGCGCAAUGUGUAAGCUCUUUCCAUUCCAAUCGAUGAAAUUUGUACGACUCAGGUUACAAGUUGCACAGGAACUUCUCGCGGAAGAAAAAUUAGCCGUACGGAUUGUGCUGUUGGUAAGAGAUCCUCGCGGGAUUUUUCAAUCGAGAAGACAUCACUACUGGUGUCAACCACAUCCUGACUGUUCCGAUCCAGCUUUGACGUGCGCGGAUCUGAUCUCAGAUUACAAAGUUGCUGUUGAACUGCUGAAGAAAUACCCAACUAGAUUCAAGGUGAUACGAUACGAAGAUCUUUCCCUGGAUCCGUACAAACACGUUGAAGAACUUUAUAAAUUUUACGGACUCGAUCUUCAUCCGAGCACAAAGCAGUUUCUCGAUUCUCAUACGAAGGUCAAAAAGGGUAACACCAUGAGUACUUUUCGAAAUUCAGCAGCAACUCCGUUUCAUUGGAAAACGGAAUUAACGUUUGAGGAAGUGGAGGAAGUUCAGCAAUCCUGCGCGACUGCAAUGAAAUACUGGGGUUACGUUCCGGCAAUGAACGCUACUCAUCAGAAGGAAUUCAACCCCGUGAAAGAAUAUUUGCUCAAAUUAUGAAAGAUUCGGUGAAAUAUAUAGGGCUGUGAUAUUCGUUGCUCUUUGUACUCUAUAAUCGUGACAGACUGUUGCAUCUCAGAGACUGACAAAAUGAAAUGGUUUCUUGUACUGUAUCGAGGUUUCACCUCGUCGCAUACACGGAGCAUCUUUUUUGUAUGACACGAAAAAAAUUAUUUGUGAAAAUUACAACAUUACAACACGCAACGAAGAUUCUUUGUUCAAUAA